AUCAAGCGCCCACCGAACGAAUGGCUCUGUUUCCGGUCAGAGCAGCUAGCCUUGAAGAAGGCGGCACAUCCUGGUGGCAAAUUCUGCAUGGAUGCCAUCUCCACCGAGCUCAGCAUUCGGUGGGCGGAGAUGGAUGCGGCGGCGAAGGAGCCGUAUAAGCAGGCCGCGCGCGACGCGAAGGCGCUGCACGCCGUCUUGCACCCCAAUUACAAGUUUACCCCG